AUGGAUCUAUUCCGGUCCCAGCUUGAGCAUGCGGAGGCACAUAAAUUUGUGAGAAAGAGCCAAUUUUUCAGCAGGAAAAGUGGAAAUGGUGAGUCUCACAGAUGGACCAUCAUAUAUGGGAUCUCCAUUGGUAUAGCUAGAGGAUUGGAUUAUCUCCACACAGGAUUGCUUAAGCCUGUAAUUCAUGGAAACCUUAAGUCAAGGAAUAUAUUAUUGGAUCGGAAUUACCAGCCCUACAUCUCUGAUUUUGGCUUACAUCUUCUGUUGAAUCCUACUGCUGGACAAGAAUUGCUUGAAGCUUCAGCUUCUCAGGGGUAUAAAGCUCCUGAACUUAUCAAAAUGAAGGAUGCAAGUGAAGAGACUGAUAUAUACUGUUAUGGGGUAAUUUUGCUUGAACUGCUUUCGGGAAAGGAACCAAUCAAUGAGAAUCCAACUCCUGAUGAGGACUUUUAUCUGCCAAAUUUUAUGCGAAAUGCGCUUCUUGAUCAUAGAAUCUCAGAUUUGUAUCACCCGGACUUGCUUCUAAGCAAAAACAAUAGUCAUGAAAACCCAGUUACUGAAGAACGCAUUCUCAAAUUCUUUCAGCUUGCCAUGUCUUGUUGUUCUCCUUCUCCUUCUCUUAGACCAAACACUAAACAAGCCCUACGGAAGCUUGAAGAAAUUGGAAAAUAGGAACUUUGGCAUUUUGCUGAAGUUGAACUUGAUCUUGGUGGUAGGCCACUGUAAGGUUCAUUUCAGGCUGAUUUAUCUAUAUUUAAAAUUUUCUAACAUCAACAUGUUUGAUAGUGUGACAAUAGUGAUGACAAUGACAUAUGUGAGGAGCACAUAAAAAUUGUAUUUUAUUAAAGCAAAAAGUUGAAAUUUUUUUGGCUGUGGGACAAAGAUUGUCGAAUUGGUGAUGUGGACAUUGGUGGAGAAAGUUGAUUGCUGGGUGUUCUUUUGUGGCAUAGGUUGCACAUUUUAGCCAUAUAUCCAACAAGCUUAGCGGAGUUAGUGAUUGGAUUUGUUGGAUAUCAAUAUCAGCAGCACAAGAUAAUGGAUCUAUUCCGGUCCCAGCUUGAGCAUGCGGAGGCACAUAAAUUUGUGAGAAAGAGCCAAUUUUUCAGCAGGAAAAGUGUAUUUUUCUUCUUGGACCUCAGCAUCCGGCCUUCUAAAGUGUGUGGAUAUUUGCACGAAGAAUAAAGUAUAACAUUUUACCUCUUCAAAGACUGGAGUGGCCCUAAAAUUGGCAGGGACUUUGGAGUGAAGCUGAUGUUUUUAUUCCUUACAACAACAGGUCAGUGUCCAAACUCUUAACGCUAUGCCUGUUGUAAGCAUAAAUUCACAGUUUCCAUCUGUUUGAUUCAAUUCUUUGACCCACUUCUUGAAUUACCAUAGCAUUAAUAUCAGUGUGAUAUUUUGCUUAAAAGAUCAAUUUUCAGACUUGUUCAGAUUAAUUAGAAACUUGUUAAUUGUAUAUUCAGUCAAAUACAUAUGCUUGUCAUAUAUCAGAUAUUCUCUGCA